AUGCUAAUGAAGAAAUGGCAAGCACAGCUAGAAGCUGCCAGUACUUUCAAGGACAAUGACAACAUGCUCAGCAAUGGAAGCAUGAACAUGCAGAUCUACAAGUUGACCUCAACCUCGACCUUGACCUUAACAAUAGUUUCAUUGAAACACUGUUUUCAAUGGACCAAAGAUAACAAGAAACCUUUCAAGUCCAAUGCAAGUAGACACUGGGAUAUUGAUCUUGGUGUGCAUCUUGAUUCCAGAUCUACAUUCAUCCUACAAAUGAACAAAGAUUAUGCCAAAUCGGGCACUGUGUCUGACCUAAAUUACAUGUUCAACUAUGGUACAAACACUGGCCAAUGUGAUCUGCAUCAGCAGGCCAAAUCAAGUAUUAUCAAAGGACCCACAUCGGAAAAGAAAGUCAGUUGA